AUGGCCGAGGCACUCGGCAUCGCCAGCGGUGUCGCUGGCAUCGUUUCUCUUGGCAUUACUGUUUGUAGUGGCCUUGACACGUUUUUCAGCGCCAUCAAAGACCGAGAUGAUGAUCUAAAACGCGCUACGGAGCUCUUGGCCCUCCUUCGCAGAUACAUCGAGCUCAUUCGACCGAGUGCUUCAACACUCAGCAGCCGCCAUGCCCAAGCUACCGACCUCGUUGUCCUAGCACUAAGAUCCUGCGAGGGUGAGCUUCGAGCUCUAAAGGAACUCGUCGACAAUCUGAACACGGUCGAUGGCGCUUCGGAUGUGGCACGCAAGUGGGACAAGUCAAAAUCGAUCAUCACCUACCCGUUCCAACGGAAGAAGUUGACACAAAUUCAAGAUCAGCUUCUCAAGGCCACGGGAGCCCUGGGAACUGUUAUUCAACCGUUGAUCCUGCAUGUUGGUGUGGGUGUCGGUGACGAUAUUGAGGCGUUUAGAAGCGCCGUUCAGGAUAACCACUUGGUUACGACGGCCUUCUUAACGAGACUUGAAUCCAAAGUUGAGAGAAUCGAAGGGUCUGCUCAACAGACAGAAGCAAGGCUUACGGCGAUUUCGACUGGAGUUGAGGAACAAAAGACGCUGGCAUCCAGUAGCCAAACACUGAUCAAAGAUACCGGCCUCAUGGUCUCGGGAAAGCUGGAUGCAAUCGCAGAAGGUCUUUGGCUUGGUCCUCAAUCCCAGACCGUUGGCACGGCGCAACAAAGGGAGAUUCCACGGUACUUGAGAAACUCCAUGAUCGAAAGAAAAUGCAUCCAAGAAACCGCCAUGGAGAUCUGUCCCUGUGAGGGAAAGAAAAGCGGAAAAGGACGACAGCCAGUGACGACGUACAGAUUUUGGGGAGGUUUGACCAUUUCGUACCAGGCAACGUUCAAGGGAGAUCAUCAGCCCGGGUGCUGUUUUUACAAGAGAUCUACAAAGACCACCAUCACUUACACUGGCUUGAGAUUCCUUCUCUCCAAGGUUCUUAGCUUUUCUCUGCAGAGAGAUUACCAAUGCGGAGGCUCUUUAACAACACACUCGCUGCGAACAUACAACGUCAGGGAAACGAGUCAAGCCUUCGACGUCUUCGAGUACUCCGAUGACUGGAUGGGCCGCAGGCACUUCACCAGCUGCAUGAAUGGCCGCGGCGAAGUUGACAUAACAAGGGUCGCCCAGGAUCACAUCAAGAAACUACAAAUCGCUUACACUUCUGGGAAGGCGUCGCCCUUGGACGUUGACAAGUUUGGUUAUAAUGUCGCCCACCUGUGCAUUCCGAUCUAUAGCUAUUUGAUGGCAACGAUAGGGAAAGCGAGGAAGGAUCACUGCUCUGAGGGCCUCAAGAUGAUGCUAUUGUUCCUGCAACGGGUGGGCGUCAAUGUCUAUGCAGGUACCGACUACGACAGCUCGAUGAUCGAAUUUAUCUUUAGAAAAAGGGAAGAAGGGACUCUGGCUUCAGUCUACGAUGUCCUUGCGAACUGCGACUCGCAGUUCGAUCUUGAACAAGACCACGAGAGCCGUGGGACUUUCACACCUAAUGGCUUCUUUAUAGAUGCGCUACGAGAGCGCCCUGACGUUAUGGAAGGGCUGGGAUAUAGAAACCUUUUUCUGGCCGUGGCAAAACAAGAUGAAGCAAGGCUCAAGGAGCUUAUCCAAAAUAUCAGGUUCGUCGAGUAUGUGCGCGAGACGGACUUUUUCGGACGAAAUGUCUUGCAUUUUUGCUCGAACUGGGAGACUGGUCUCCGACUCUUGCUCGAGAAAGAGGCCACCCACCGCCUGGUGAACCAGCCUGAUGAAACGGGAUAUACGCCUUUGACGGACGCAACAAGGUUUAGCGGUUGUGCCUGCCAGGAGUCCUACGCGCUGGACCUAUGCUCUGGCUGCAGCUGCUCUGCUACCGUCAAGCUACUCCUCGAGACAGACUGCCCCCUGGGACUCGGUUUGAUUAACGAAUGGCUCCUAUUUAGACCUUCAAUGAAAGCCAGGAUAGCUCUGCUAGAGCACCUUGCGCAGAGGCGAGAGCGGCUACAAAGACUGGCAUUGAACCACCUCCCCGAAUCAGAGCUGCGAGAUCUUGGAGUCUCUUUAAACGAACUGCCCGACAUGACAGCCCCUGCGAUAUGGGAUAGGCUGCAGUCACUUCAUCAAAGAGGUGCCGUAAAGGUACUCCACAAUGGCCUGGAUCCUUUGGCAGGCCAUGUUCAGCGAGGAAUCUUCCAUCUCCUGAAGCACCCUAGAGAUGCUGAGGUGGCGCUCAACCUCGGAUUCAAGGGGAUAGAUACGCCCAAUCGAGACGGGGUAACACCAGUGUUAUGGUCGGCCUACAAGCAUGGCCCCCGAAAUCGAUUUGAAUACGCUGACUGGCUGAUCCAGAAAGGCGCCAGACUUGAAUAUUGCGUUAAUUCUUUGGGAAUAUCUGCUGCUCAUGGCCUAGCGCGCUGCUGCGGAGAGUGGGUUCGUGACGAAUUCUCCAAGAGCAGACGCACCGCACAGUCUCGCCUUCCCUGCCCCUGCGCUACAGAGGAGUUAUCACUGCCGCUGCACCACCUUGUCGAUUUCGUUGUCUUCGGGUCUCUGGAUCGUGUGGGGGGUUUCCUCGCCCCACGCUUCAGUUAUGCUGAUAGCAUCGCCAAGGUUGUGUACCUUGUCGAUCUAUUCUCCCACACAAUUAGUGACCUGCAUCCGGCUUACCUGUUUAAAUCAAUCAUCCAUGCUCUAACCAUGAGGUUCCUGCAUAUAAGGAGCCACUUGCAAUGGUGUCACGAAUUUUGGGAUGCCGCCGAAGAGACGGUUCAACGCAUAAAGGAGGCAACGGAAUGGGAUGAGAUUCUUGGCAAGGAUCGAGCCCGGAUCAAAAGGCUAGGAGAGUUGACGGAAGAGUUUGAGCAAGAAUUCUCAAACCAGAAUGUGUCUAUUAAAGACUUCUUGCAGCUUCAUUGGCUCCCCAGGAUGCGGCAGGUUGGCAGGGAGGGUGAAACACGAUUACGCAGAAGGCGAGAACUUCGCGAACUUGGCGUGCCUCUGCGAUGGGUAGAUUGA